AUGAAAGUUUGUAAGACACUCAUUAUUGAAAUAUCGAAACUUCCUUUAUUUGUAACAUGGAAUAUCGAUAAGUAUGGUAAUGGUGAUAAAGAGUUAAGAGGUUGCAUCGGUACAUUCAGUCCAAUUCCUUUAGUAAAAGGUUUGAAUGAAUAUGCUUUAACAAGUGCAUUCAAAGACACUAGAUUUAAACCAAUACCAGAAAAAGAUUUACCAAAGUUACAUUGUGCUAUAUCGUUGUUGGUCAAUUUCGAACAGGCUAAAGAUUGUUGGGAUUGGGAAGUCGGAAAGCAUGGUAUUCUUAUCGAUUUCAAAGACUCGAGAAACCAAAGUCAUAGAGGCACCUAUCUACCGGAGGUCAUGCCAGAGCAAGAGUGGUCACAAAGAGAAGCAUUGGAAUCAUUGAUAAAGAAGGCUGGUUACUACGGCAAAGUAGACGAUCAUCUCUUUCAAUCGAUUAAACUGACUCGUUAUCAAUCAUCAAAGAUCUCUUUAUCUUACAAUCAAUAUUUACAAUUUAAAGAACAACAAAACAAACAACAGUAA